AUGCCAGAGAAGAUGAAAGAUUAUGUGAAAGAGCCGUUGUUGAAUUCCGAUGAUGUUGAUCUUCUCUUCACAGAAUUUGAGCUUAUACAUCUCAUUUAUCAUAGAAAUGCAAACCAACAUCGAACUGCAACAUGGUGGAAAUCUUUUAACGUUCUUCAUCGAAAGUUGAGACAACUUUUAUUAAUUUUUCUUGAUAUUGAGCAGAUAAAUGCAUUGGGAACGAGACACAAACUCACGACAACAAGAUGGAAUAAGCUGGGACGACUUAGACACAGAACAAAACAGCUAACUCAGAAAUCUGCACUUCAAUUGACAGUAAGGGCCAGGCAGAAUGCGUUAAAAUUGAGCAGAUAUAUUGUAAAAGAUGUUAUACCGAAGUGCUAUCUGAUGUGCUACACUAUAUUACAAACAGGAGAAUUCAUUACGCUUGGAUUUGCACUACUGGCACUGGUAUCCCGGGUGUAUUUUCUUCUUCGCAAGAUAAAAGGGUUGGAAAUGAUAACUGUGGACAAACUAAGGGCCAAAGAAAAAAUCACAAAUCAUAUAUUAGAGCAUGCCGAAACGGAAAAGGUGAAGAUAAUUAAUGAGGAAGAGGAGGAUGUUGGUGUUGCCAUGAUUUUCGACGAUUCAUCUAUAGCUGAGCAUAGAGUGAAAGAAAUAGAGGCAGAUGUUAACAAUAUAGUGGCCGCUGCCAAAACAAACACACGAGAUCACAAAGUAGCCAAGAAGGGGAAGGAUAAGAAAAGGAAGAAACGGAAAUCUGUAAAAGAUGCUAUGGACGAUAUCUUUGGGUUCUAA